UUCCACUUCCACUGAGAAGGGCGUUCUCAGAAGACCUUGGCUGUGCUGCUCAGGUUACGGGGUAGGCAUAAAGAGUGAGCACCUGCCAAACCAAGCUCAUUUGCCUGGAGCUCCUGGGGCCCUAGAGGAAGCAACCUCAUGGCAUAAACUGAGCCCUGCCUGAGUUCUGGGGAUUGUGGCUCUUCCGGCUCCAUCUGCUGCCCAAUCUACAUUGCCUCAUCUGGAUCUUGCGCCUGAGAAUCCGUCAUGAUGCUCCUCCUCCUUUCCCUGCUGGUCCUGCUUGCUCAGCCCCUGAGUUACCUGGGAGUAGAAAUGAACACCUACCUGCAGAGAUCAAUGGCCAACACCUGUACCCUGGUCAUGUGCAGCCCCACGGAGAAUGGCCUGCCUGGUCGAGAUGGACGGGAUGGGAGAGAGGGCCCCCGAGGCGAGAAGGGUGAUCCAGGCUUGCCAGGAGCUGUAGGGCAAAUGGGGAUGCCCGGACCAGCUGGCCCAGUUGGACCAAAAGGGGACAAUGGCUCUGCUGGAGAACCUGGACCAAAAGGAGAUGCUGGGCCAGGUGGACCCCCAGGACUUCCAGGUGUGCCUGGUCCAGCAGGAAAAGAUGGUCCUUCAGGGAAGCAGGGGAACAUAGGACCACAAGGCAAACCAGGUCCAAAAGGAGAGGUGGGGCCCAAAGGAGAAGUAGGUGCCCCAGGUGUGCAGGGAACUACAGGGACCAGAGGCCCCACAGGCCCUAAAGGAGAGAAAGGAGCCCCUGGUGAGCAUGGAGCCCCUGGAAAUGCUGGUGCAGCAGGACCUCCUGGAGCUGUGGGUUCACAUGGAACUCCAGGUGCCAGGGGCCCUCCUGGCCUGAAGGGAGACAGAGGUGCUCCUGGAGACAGAGGAGCCAAGGGUGAAAGUGGACUUCCAGACAUCGCUGCCCUGAGGCAGCAGGUGGAGACCUUACAGGAACAGCUACAGAACCUCCAGACUGUCUUCUCUAAGUAUAAGAAAGCUGAACUCUUCCCGAAUGGCCGAAGUGUUGGGAAGAAGAUCUUCAAAACAGUUGGCUCUGCAAGAGCUUUUGAGGGUGCACAAGAGGAGUGCACCCAGGCCGGCGGACAGCUGGCCUCCCCUCGCUCUGCAGCUGAGAAUGAGGCUGUGCAACAACUGGUCACAGCCCAGAAUAAGGCUGCUUUCCUGAGCAUGACGGACACCAAGACAGAGGGCAAGUUCGUCUACCCCACUGGGGAGUCCCUGGUCUUUUCCAAUUGGGCCCCUGGGGAGCCCAACAACAAUGGCGGGGCAGAGAACUGUGUGGAAAUCUUCUCCAAUGGCAAGUGGAAUGACAAGGCUUGCGGGGACCAGAGCCUCGUGAUCUGCGAGUUCUGAGCCCCUGGUUGCAGGGGUCGGGGAGGGACAGGUGGUCGUGUUUGGCCCAGAAGCCUGGCAAGUGAGUUACAGUCCAAAUCUGUGUGCUGCCAACACCCUAAUAAAAAGGUGACCACCUGUGCCAUCCAGGGCUUCUCUCCAGGAAGAGGUAGGGCUACUGCAGACCACCUCACACACUGAAGGUCAUUCGGGAAGAAGGGACCAGCCUGCUCUCCCAGGUGUAAUGAACGGAGGUCAGCCUCCAGUGAUGUCACUGUAACAAAACCCAGUACCUCCUUCUCAGCCCCCCUCCUCAUCAAAUGAUCAGCUAUCCCUCCACUUCUUCCAAACUCUUCCUCCCAGGACACCACUUUAGCCUGUGUUUACUCUUAAAUUUCUUUUUUUGAAAGAUA